AGCGCUUUUCCUUUCUUUUCCACCCCACCCAGGCCACGUAUCGGACAGUGCUCUCUGGGACGAUCCCGCCCCGAGCUUUAUCUUCUUGCUCCACACUGGUCCCGCUACGGAUAUUACAUGCAACGAUCUCGCUCGUAUCCUUAUUGACCAAAGCUCCCCGCAACGCGCAACAGUUCUCUUCUACUACAAUGGCGACGGACCGUUCUCCCAGAAGAGCCAACCCCAACGUCCAACGCACGUUCCCUCGACGCCGGCGACUGCUCGUCAUUGGCUCUCUCCUUCUCACUCUAGCCUUCUUCUGCUUCGCCUCGCCCUGGGGUCUUCCGUCUGCACUCGACAUUGGCGGGCUUGGCGCAACGCUCUCGAGAGCGAGCAUCGUGCAGCUCGUCAAGUCGGGUGGGAGCCCGCCUGAUGAGAUAUAUGGCCUGCUACACUUUGUGACGAGCGGCGACGACCGGAUGCUGUCCCACUCUAUUGACCUAGAUCCGUCUGAGCCAUUGGACAUGGAUAUAUAUCUGGGUGGAGAUACACCUGAUUGGAGAUUGUACGUACGGAGACUGAAGGAAGAGUAUCCUCUAGUCGUAUUUAGUAAAUCGUAUUGUCCACAUUCGAGGAGGGCAAAACAACUUUUGGCUACGUAUGAUCUCUCACCUCCACCAAAAAUUAUUGAGGUUGAUCUUCGAGACGACGGAGACUUUAUCAAGCUGAUACUCACGCGCCUCACCGAGCACUCUACAUUCCCCAACAUCGUACUCAAGGGUAAAAGCAUUGGCGGGUCAGAUGACCUCCAUGUACUACAUGCACAGGGAAAGCUGAAGCGAAUGUUCGAGAAUGCGGGUAUGACGGUAUUAGAGCAGGUCCGAGUAGCAGCAUGAAGCUACAAGCUUUUUUGCACAUGAGCUCUGCUUGUAUUAUUAGAAUGUAUUUCUACCUCACUUCUAUUCGUCUGCCAGGCACGGGUCAAAAGAAAAACAGAGAUUACCAUGUCAAUACGAGUAACAUAUUCUGGAAUAAUGGACAAAAAAGGUACAUAUGAACAUUAUCACAAUGAAAA